AUGUGCACCUACUACUACCUUCAUUAUCACCAUAUAUACCCCUGCACCCGUGACAUCGAGUUCGUUAUACACUACAUCUACUGUCAAGACGCGACCUUCGACCAGGCCACCCAGACCCAGCAGCCCUGCCCCAACAUCUCGUACCACGACCAGGCCAACGGCAACCCAGGCAUCGACUUCACCAACCCGUGUGCCAGCGGCGGUUGCCUGGCCAGCCCAGACUGCAGCCUCGGCCGGUGUCGCCUGCAGGAGCUAGGCGGGCUCUGGAUCUGCUGCCGGUGUGGCUUUGGAGGGAAUAGGUAUCCGUGCUGCUACCACUUGAUGAGGCGGAGCCCAGACUCUUUAUGCUACCACCAGUGCUGUCAGGACUGCCAGCCCGACCUGAGGACCGGCGCUGAGGCGCAAGCUGCUGCAGCAAAGAAGAAGGACAUGACGAAGAAGUACAAGAAAAAGAAGAAGAAGAAGAAGAAAUAA